AACAAGAAAUAUUCUCAAGAACAUCAUGAUGACUCCACCGCCGCCUCCUCCUCCUCCCACAGCCUCCAUGGACCACCACCCGACUGGACGCUCCUAUAAAAACGGUCCAGCACAGCGGGGAGUGACACAGAGGCUGGUGGUGGACGAGGUUAGGUCAGAGAUGACGCGACGACGCACAGAAAAAUCCACUGAAGAGGCCGGCGACUCAACCACGCUGAUCGUCUACAACCCUAUCUUGUCACCCAUUUUGCAAUGUGGACCCGUAUGUGGACUUAUCGCACUGGUGGAAGCAGCCCAAGUCCUUCUACCCUACCGUGACGAUGAAGUGACGCCACGACGACUCAACCCCGACGCCCUACUCGAGGAAGCAGUUCGACUUGGGAUGACCAAGCUUGGUGAAAUGUUCUCAGCCUUUGAUAUGCAACGGCUGGCAAAGACAUGGUUCCACUGCGACUCGACCUUACUCGAUACAAGUGAUGUUGAAGCAACUUGGAGUCUACUAGUGGAUCACUUGCUUCAUGGAAACGUGGCCCUCAUACCAUACGAUGCAGAUUAUAAUCAUGGGCCCACACUGCGGAAGGGUCACUCUGCCCACUGGGCGGUCAUUCAUGGGGUCGUAAUACCGUCGGUGCCAGUCUCUCUACUCGGAAGUGCCUUAAGCGAAGAAGGAAAUGACAGUGACCCAGAUUUCAGAGUGUUAAACCCCAACAAACUCUCCGCUAGUAUGAAUAUUAUUCUAUCAACUAAAACUCCCUGCACAACAAGUUCAUUGUCGUGUGUGAUUGCGCAUCACGGAAAAAGCAUGCGACCGGCCGUGUGGAACUUUCAUGAUCUUAUGGCUAGCAAUCAAAAUCUGGUGCAAGUGUCCCAAAAGAUAGCUGCCUCCCCUGCUGGAAGCUACAUAUUUGGGGACAUUGAAACCGAACUAUGCUCGAAAUUAGUUCUUUUACAAAAAUCUUCCGAUACUUUAUGUUAAGAGAAAGACGUAAGACGUAAGUUAUGAAAACACGCUUUGCCUACAAUAUGUAUAAAAUAAUAAGAUUAUUGGCUAUUCUACAGCAAAAGAAAAGGUUACAUUUAUAAGACCUACUUAUUAUUAUUACAUUAGCUACAUGAAUGACGACAUCCUUCAUCUUUUAAUCUAGAUAUCAAUAAAACACGAUAUUUUUUCUUGCUUA